CGCAAACUAGUUUCAAUAUCCACAAAACAUUCUCUUCCUAAUACAGAUCUCUCCCAUUUCAGGAUUCACAAUUUUCAGAUAUAUAUAAAGAACACAACGAAAGUUUUUUUUACUUUUUCAAACUUGUCUCUUUUGCAAUCUGGAUGUUGGAUUCUGAUGAUGAAUGCCAUCGCCUUGCUUGGAAACUCAAUGAUGAGACCCUCAAAAUGCAUCCUCCGUGCGAUUACAAGAUUAUCUCCAUCUCGAGACACUGCGUUUCAAUCGCAUCCUUCUCCAUUUUCGAGCUGCGUAAACCAAAACAUCAACACUCCAUAUUUAAAUAGAAUCAACAAACCGACAAAUGCUGUGCCAUUUUGUACGGACAGGCCAAGCUCUGUUACAGCUCAGGCUGUUUCUGAGGCAAGAAGCCUCUCUGCAUCCACGACUUGCGCAAAGGACACGGCAUUGAAUCAAAUAAUCGCCAAGAACGGCGUAAAUGUGAAACCUUUAAACGUCGAGGGGUUAAAAGGAGAAAAGAAAGGUGAAGAGGUGAUCAAUGGAGAUGAGAAAAUCAUAGAUAGAGAGGGUAUCAAAAGAAACGAGAUCGAGGAAGAGGCUUGGAGAUUGCUGAGGCAAUCAGUAGUGACGUACUGCGAUUCUCCAGUAGGAACGAUGGCUGCUAAUGAUCCAACCGACACAACUCCAUUAAACUACGAUCAGGUCUUUAUUAGGGAUUUCAUACCUUCGGCUCUGGCUUUUCUGAUGAAAGGAGAAAGCGAAAUUGUUCGAAACUUCCUUCUUCACACGCUGCAGUUGCAGAGUUGGGAGAAAACAGUUGACUGUUAUAGUCCAGGACAAGGAUUAAUGCCUGCGAGUUUCAAAGUCAGAACUUUACCUCUUGAAGAGAGCAAGUUCGAAGAGGUUCUGGAUCCCGAUUUUGGUGAAUCAGCUAUAGGUCGUGUUGCUCCCGUUGAUUCUGCUAAGAACAGCGUCACUGUUGAUCCACGUAUUGAUUCACACAGUACUGUUGGUCUAAAUAGAAAAAUCUCAGGUCUAUGGUGGAUAAUACUGUUGAGAGCAUACGGGAAGAUCACAGGGGAUUACUCGCUGCAAGAGAGGGUUGAUGUGCAGACAGGGAUAAAGAUGAUUGCAAACCUUUGCUUAGCUGAUGGUUUCGAUAUGUUCCCCACGUUGUUAGUCACUGAUGGCUCUUGCAUGAUAGACCGGCGUAUGGGUAUCCACGGUCACCCUCUUGAGAUCCAAGCCUUGUUCUAUUCCGCUCUACGGUCUUCUCGUGAGAUGCUGACUGUAAAUGAGAGCUCCAAGAACCUGGCCAGGACCAUUAGCAACAGGCUCAGCGCAAUAUCGUUCCACAUUAGGGAAAACUAUUGGGUUGACAAGACCAAAAUCAACGAGAUAUACCGUUAUAAAACAGAGGAGUACUCAACGGAUGCCACAAACAAGUUCAACAUCUACCCGGACCAGGUUUCACCGUGGCUGAUGGACUGGAUCCCUGAAAGCCCUAGAUGUGGGUUUCUUGUAGGAAACCUCCAGCCUGCUCACAUGGACUUCAGGUUCUUCACUCUUGGAAACAUCUGGUCGAUCGUAUCUUCUUUAGCGACACCAAGACAGAACCAAGCUAUACUGAAUCUGAUUGAAGAGAAAUGGGAUGAUCUCAUUGGCCACAUGCCACUCAAGAUAUGCUACCCGGCUUUGGAAUCUUCAGAGUGGCAUAUCAUCACUGGGAGUGACCCAAAGAACACGCCUUGGUCUUACCAUAAUGGCGGGUCAUGGCCAACGCUUCUCUGGCAAUUCACAUUGGCAUGCAUCAAGAUGGGCAGACCAGAAUUAGCAGAGAAAGCAGUGACCUUGGCAGAGAAGAGGCUCCAAGCUGACAAGUGGCCUGAGUACUACGACACAAGAGACGGCAAGUUCAUAGGGAAAAAGUCUAGGCUUUACCAGACAUGGACAAUCGCUGGUUUCUUGACUUCAAAGCAGCUUCUGCGGAACCCUGAGAUGGCAUCUUCCUUGUUCUGGGAAGAGGAUCUUGAGCUUCUAGAGACUUGCGUCUGCGUUUUAUCCAACUCAGGCCGGAAAAGAUGCUCUAGGGCAGCAGCAAAGUCUCAGAUUCUUAUUUAAAUUUGGCUUUGUCUCCAUGUACAAACGUUCCUGUUGCAACAAAAUGUUACACAGGUUAACCAAAGUAAUAGUAGAAAUCAUAUGUGUAUGUGUGUGUAUAUAUUUGAAGAAAAUCAGUGGUUUGUCCUAGUAGUACUACUUUUCUACAAAUAGUAAGAACUUUUUU